AGACUUCAGUAACGCCACACCGGCUUUUAGGACUCGGUGUGCUGCAUUGAUUUCCGAAUUACAAGGUGCAACUUCCUCUGAUCUCCUGUACGCAUCCGCACACCAUUUUAUGUAAGGAACACAAAAGGAAAAGAAAGCGACGGAACUAGUCUUGUGAAGUAACUUGCCUCUUUUUUCUUCCUUGAUAGACCUUUCUGUUUUUGGCACGCUGGCUUUUCAAACUCCUUACCCAUAUGGCGCAGACAGAAGAGAUCGAGCUUAGCGAGCUCGCCGCCACCCUCGGCGCCGCGUCGUGGUCUACCGGCCCAAUUUACGCGGUGUGCGACAUCGGCGGCACAAACGCCCGCAUCGGCUUCGCACAGUCAACGAAGCGCGGCCGCGGUUUGCAGGUCACCUACGUCCGCUUCAAGGUCACCAAGAAGGAUGUGCGGCAGCUGGUGGAGUUCUUCGAGCUGGUGCUGCACGAGCUCAAGACGAAGCUGCCGAACCGGGGCGCCGCCUUCUUCUCGCGCAUCACGUCGGGAGCGGUGAGUGUGCCAGGCCCGGUGACGAACAGCAAAGUCGCCGGCCCCUUCAACAACUUGAAAGGCAUCGCCAACGUGGAGGACUACCCGGCAGAACUGUUUCCGAAGGGCCGCAGCGCCCUGUUGAACGACCUCGAGGCCGGUGGCUACGGCGUGCUGGCCCUCAGUAACACCGGUCUGCUCUCCAAGUACUUCACGGUGAUGUGGAAAGGGAGCCAGUGGGACGCCAUGUCGGAUGGCAAGGCGCCGGGUACGACGCUUGGAAAGGGCCGCUGCCUCAUUGCGGCUCCUGGCACGGGGCUCGGCUCCUCGCUCAUCCACUACAUGGGCGUCUCCGACAGCUACGUCGUCCUCCCGCUCGAGGGCGGCUCGACGUCAAUUGCGUGGUGCGCGGGCAGCGAGGGCGAAUACGCGCAGACGCUUGCCACCUUUCAGGCCUCCAAGCGGCCGGAGAUUACACCGGCAGUGGCCCCGCACUGGGAGUCGGCGACGAACGGCAACGGUCUGCAGUUCAACUACGCUUAUGAGUUUGACGGGACGAAGACGUCAUCGACGUCGCCGCACUUUGGCAAGACUGCACCUGAGGUAGCAAAGCUCGCCAAGAGCGGAGCUGACCCUGCCGCCAUCGCCGCCAUGGACCGCCUCUACAAGAACUUGAUGGGCUUCUGCGCUGAAUCGACGAUGCAGUUUAUGCCGCUGACGUGUGUGCUCAUGGGUGAUACUAUCGCCCUGAAUUCCUUCUACUUUGAGGACCCGGCGCGUGUGCAGGCGCUGCAGGCACGCCUGUACGAGCACACGAUGGAGCGGCCGUACAAGUUCAUCAGCCGCACCACCUUCCUGCGUCAGGUGCGCAGCGUGAACCUGAAUCUGAUUGGGUGCCUUGGGUUUGGUACGCAGCUGUCACAGCCGGCGAAGGUGCCGUCGAAUUUGUGA